AUGGUCGAACGGUUUCACCGCCAACUGAAGGCCUCCUUACGCGCCGCGGCCAAUCCGGAUAACUGGACGGACCACCUUCCCCUGGUCCUCUUGGGCAUCCGCUCCGCUCUCAAGGAGGACCUUGACUGUUCCGCAGCUGAACUGGUGUUCGGCGCCACCGUCCGACUCCCCGGUGAGAUGAUCUCGCCAACCCCGCGAGGUGCAGUUGAGGAUCCCACCAACCUCCUGCAUCGCCUCCGGCAGUUUAUGCGGACACUUUCUCUGGUUCCUCCCAGGUCAUUCGCCUCUCCGUCUUAUCUCAAGAAGGAGUUGGCAAUGUGCUCUCACGUCUACCUUCGAUAUGAUCGAGUCCACCGGCCUCUGGAACUGCCCUAUGACGGCCCAUUUCGGGUGUUCUCUCGCGGGACGAAGACUUUCCGCAUUCAACGUGACAAUAGUGAGGGGGUCUUGAAUGUGGACCGCCUCAAGGCUGCCGUCCCGGACACUCUUCCGGAUGAGCCCUGUGGUCCUCCACCUUCUGAUCCCCGCCUGCAGCCUCUAUACCACCAUCUCGUAUUUUCCUUCUGCCCUCCUGUGCGCCAGCACCCACUGCCACCACUUACUCCAACACUUCCGCAACCAGAUGCAUUCACUCUUCUACGGACCCUGUAUAUAUCGCUCGCAGUGGUCGUCACUCAUUUAUUUUAGACUUGUACACAUCCUUCGAUGUCGGUUUCACCGCCCUCCGGUCUCGGAGCGGGGGGGGGGUACUGGGCCGAGGCGCCAGACUAUCUUGCCUUUCCCUACCUGUUCCUCAUUCUUGAACUUACUGAUUGUUUAACUGAAUGGAAGGAACACAACACAAUGCGACGCGCUCGGCAUCUGUUGUAUUGUCAGGUCGUUUGACUUUUGAUUGUUAAUUCUUUCAUAACUCUGUUCUUAUCCUGAUAUCCAUAGUCUGGGAUUGACUGUUCUGUCCUUAGCGCUCUCAACAGGUCUACGCGCGCCAUCCGGAACCUGCUUCUACUCUGAGUGCAUGUAGUUUCCUGUAAGGGCGGGUAAGAUCUAAAAUCAGUGCGAGUAGCAUAGCGCCCACACUAAGAGGGAGACAGUGCAGGAUGACCCGAACAGAGAGAUUCCCACGAAUGCGGCACCUACAGUAAGUGGCCGAUCUCCUGAUAUGUUGGCUGAAAUUCUGAAAUGCGUUUUCGAUUAGGAAGGAUUACUUCGUCGCGGUUGUGAUACUAAUUAUCUUAAGGCAUACUCUUAUGAAAUUUCGGACUCGGCAGGAUGUCGGCUUUUAAAUGAAUUUCUUUUCAAUCUCCUGUAGAAAACGUGCUCGGUAAAAAAUGGCUACUUAAGUAGUAUGUAUUUUUCCCAUUGAUUUUCGAUGGUCUUGCAAAUGCAAAUAUAUUUUAUAGAAACCAUAAACAAAAAUAUGCUUUCUUUUAGUCAAUCAAUAGAGAAUUACGUCUUCUUUAUAUUUUAUGCUCAAGGAUGGAGUAUAAUUAGGUUUUAAAAAAGUUUUCUAAUUGCCGAAUAAUUUGGAGCCUGAUCAUUCGUUGCAUUAGCGCUAAGUGAUUACAUUCUACAAGGUGCAUGCGUUCCGCGUAAAGAAAAUCCCAUAUUUUCUAUGUCAUUAAAGAGAUAUCAUACAGGGUCCAUAAAAUUUUGCAAUGGAUGCGGACCAUGUUGUACAUUUCAUGAGGAGCAGUGGUAAACGGCCAGGUACGAUGCUAUGUGAAUGGACAUUUCGCGGUCUUAAAAAGUCUCAUAAUAUGAAACUUUUUUACAACCUAAUUAUACUCCUUCCUUAAGUAUAAAAUAUAAAGAAGACGUGAUUCUCUAUUGGUCGACUAAAAGAAAGCAUAUUUUUGUUUGUAGUUUCUAUAAAAUAUAUUUGAAUUUCAGAGACCAUCGAAAAUCAAUGGGAAAAAUGUAUGCUACUUAAGUAGUCAUUUUUUACCGAGUACGCUUUCUACAGGAGAUUGAAAAGAAGUUCAUUUAAAAGCCGACAUCCUGCCGAGUCCGAAAUGUCAUAAGAGUAUGCGUUAAGAUAAGCAGUAUUACAACCGCGACCAAGUAAUCCUUCCUAAUCGAAAACGCAUUUCAGAAUUUCAGCCAACAUUUCAUGAGAUAGGUCACGCACUGUACUCCCAUGAGUGCGGCGUUAUCCUUAAAAUUGACAGCCUUCCAGUCUGCGACUCUUAGACUGCCGUGAUGGGUUCAAGCACGUCAGUUUUCCUAUAGUGCACAAUGCGCUGCUUUACCACACUCUCACCCUCUGACACCGGUUCGCCGGUCCUAGUGUCAUGUCGAUCGUCAGCGAAUACUCAUGGUAGGUGUCCAUCAGUCUGAUUAAGACCAUGAAGCGAACUGAGGUGAGAAAGUUCGCGCAGUUCAGGUUCGCCGCACUAGGCACCGCGACUGCUCGAUUGCAUGUGAUAAACAAUACCAUCCGGUCGUUAAGUUGCCCUACUACUUGGGUGAGUCACUGAGGAAAUGCAAAUUUUGCACGGUUUUCCAAUUUAUAGCGAUCCACUGUAUUGAAAGUCUUCGAAAAAUCCAAAACUUGGCGUGCAGGUAUUUCCUCCUUUCCUGGCCUGUGGUGGGUCGAGAUGAUCAUGUCUCCGGUUCUCUGUGAGGCCUUUGGAAUCCGUACUGUGUUCUUGGAAGACAUCGUCGCUAUGGAUGCAGGCGAUCAAGUAGAACAUGACAGGGAUGUUGACGAGAAGGAUGCCUUUUCAGUUGCCACAGAGUUGGCGGUUGCUCUUAUGCAUGCAGAUGCGCGCGAAAGUAACAUUCUUUUAAAGUUUUAUGGUAUCUGCCCUUGUCGCUACAUCUCAUGAAUGGGCGAAAUAAAAUAACCCAUUUGUUGUGACCGUCGUACCUGUAGGCUUCGGCUGGAAUGUCAUCGGCUCCCAGUGCUUUUCCAUUGAACAGCUGCUGUUGUCAUUCUCUUGAGGACAUCGGUCGAUGGCCUAUUUGCAUAGGGUCGACGCUCCGAAAGUGCGCAACUGUGAGGACCCACUCAUCCAGGUUAAUCCGCCGGUCAAUAACGGUUACCGAGAUGUGGCCGUCGAGUUUAGUACAGCGCCUUGGGGCCACGGAUGACAGUUGGGUGCCAGGACUUGCGAAGGAGGGGUAUUGGUCGGGAUUAUCAAUGCGUUUCCUGGGACUGCCAGUGCUUCUGUUUGCUGGGACUGGCCCAGACGCCGUGUCUGCGCUGGCGUUCAAUGUGUGGUAUCCGACUGCACUGCAUCCGCAGCAGGAUAUCAUCAUUAAUUCAGGGGUGUGCAACGGCGUUCAUCUACUCUGGCUGCCUGUUCGGAGAAGUAGGUCUCAUUUAGAGCUGCAAUGCCUGCAGUGUGGAGGGUCAGUGCCUGGACGACUUGAAACGUCCUUAUUUCUGAUUGAUUUGCCAUCGCAUGAUCUAAGAGUGGCCAAAUAUUCCCGGACGUCAGAUGACACAGGGUCACUCUUCGCCUGUGCGGAGUGGUUAGCCACGCGGGGAGCGCACAAGUGAACACUCUCCCCAACUUCAGGGUCGGUUGAUCAGAUGAUCGAGCAAUCAUCACACCAACACACAACGCACGUGAGGAAAUUGCAGCAAUUAGCGACGCGAAUGUCGGCCAUCACACCACGUGCGACGAUCCCGGAUGAAGGAGGGGGAGCCGUGAAUGUUCAUAGGUAUGCGGUAACAUGCGAUUGCAUCCCUCAAAUACUGUAGCCGCAUGUGCAUGAACCACCCUUAUCUGUUUUUAUCUCUGAUGAUGGGUUCGAGCAGGAAUCCGAAGUGUCCGGCUAAUAAAGCUCUUGUCCCAGUGAUCGUGUCUCCUUCUUUGAGACAGGGUCACUCUGUCAGCCUGUGGGGAAGCACAGGGAUCGGCGGGGUAUUUUCGUUUGUUGAAAGUUUUCAGCCGCAUAUUCAACGUCAUCAAGGCAUGGUCAGUCUGAGACAACAUGUUUUUCCAGCAUUUUACAGCGGAAAAUUUUCAAGUUCCCUACGCGCUAGAGGACAAUGAAGGUUGCCCCUAAAUAGGGUCGCCUUAUCAUCCUAAGUGGCUGCUGGAUUUUGCCAAGACUAAAGAUUUUUACUUAGUGUGAAAAUAACCCGAAAUAACUUGAGCGGACUUCAGGAUUGUACGUUGCUCACUUUGUAGGAGUUUUUGAUCUGCGGAUGGGGAUAACUUUGACGACUGCCGGUGUGAGGGCAGAAAUAGGCCAAACACUGCCAUCUGGUCUACUCUGCCAGUCAAGGAAGGCUACGGAAGUUUAGACGCCAUGAUGUACGGGGAUGCGUAGAGCCACAGAGGAGAACUAGGGGACAUGCACUGAGCGAAGUAAAGGCACCCACCUCGUGCAUCUCCGCGUUCAGCGGGAAUUCUCAGUGUACUGCCUAUAGAAGUCUGGACUGCCAAAUCCAUUUGACGCCGUCUACCCCAUGGAGCUUCUUGCACGGUACUAGCUUGCAGUGUACCGUAGGUGGAUUAAAUCAUGAAAUGUCAACCGAAAUUUCGAAAUGCGCUUUCGUUUCGAAAAGAUUAGUUAAGUAGUGUUGUAAAACUAACCAUCGCGCAGCAUAAUUCUAUCGUAAUUCAAUUACCACCGGAUACCAGCUGUCGAACGGACUUUUCUUCGGCUGCAUCCAAAAGCCAUACACCGUAAGAUGACUAUUUAAGUAGCAUGCGUUUUCUCAUUGAUUUUCGAUGCCCUAAAAAGUGUAAUUAUAUUUCCCGGAAACACUUAAAAGGAUAUUCGUUCUUUUGCUCAAUCGCUAGAAAAUUACGUCUUUUUCAAAUUUUAUGCCCAAAGGAAGGGUAUAAUUCGGUUUUCAAAAACUUUUCCGAUUCCCGAGUAAUUUUGAAUCCGCUCUACCGCUACACGUAGAUUCAGGGUUUCCAAAUUGUAAGUCGUAUAUUUUCCGCGUAUGGAAAACCACACAUUUGUCUACGGUACUAAAGCGGGACCAUAUAGGGUUCAUAAAAUUUAACAGCGGAUUUGAUCCAUAUUGUUACCUUGAUAAGCCAUAUUGGUAAAUGUAGAGACAUGACUUUUUACAGACGGACAUUUCACAGUCUUGAAAAACCUCAUAAUGAGAAAAUUUUUUAAAACCGAAUUAUGUCCUUCCUUUGAGCACAAAAUUAAAGGGAGACGUAAUUAUCUACUGAAUGAACAAAAGAAUGAAUAUCUUUAUAAUUUUUUCCAGGAAAUAUAAUUGCAGUUUUAAGGGCAUCGAAAAUCAAUGAGAAAAACGCUCGUUACUUAAAUAGCCAUUUUUAUAGAGUAUAAUUUUGGCAUGCAGCCGAAAAGAAGUCCGUUCGACAGCCGGUAUCCUGAGGUAAUUUAAUGAUGAAAGAAUUAUGCUGUAUGAUGGUUAGUUUUUACAACCAUACUUAAUUAAUGUUUUCGAAACGAAAGCUCUUUUCGGCAUUUUGGUUGACAUUUCAUGAGUUAGCUCACCUAUUGUAUGUGAGGAUGUGUAAAGUCAUGCAACCGCAUCACGCGAUCCUGGAGAGACUCGUGAAUCGGCAAAGUGGACCCCGCCGAGGGCAUGCCAUACAUAAUGUUCGACACCUGUUCAGUACAGGCACAUUACUGUUUCACAGAAAACAAAGUUAUUUUAGCUUUUAAGGGGUGAAUUGUCUAAGCACAUAACGGUAAGAAAAGAGAACGGCCUUCAAAAGCGAACUAAAAUGGCAAAAUUCCCUAGGCGUCCUCAGUGUGAUCAGCUGUCGGAGAAAAGGCAUUCAGCACUGAAUCGGUUUUCUCUGCUUCAUUCGCGAGUGGGCGUUGGUUAUGGGGCAAAGUUAAAGAAAGUCUACAUGACUCAAAAGUUCACGCAAAUUGACCUGAUGUUCCCGACGAAGAUGACUUCACUGGCUGGGUGUGCAGAGUCCAUAAACCAAUGAGUCGCUAGCAACCAUGUGAUGGAUAGCUGAUGCUUGUGUGAAUAGAGGGAAUUUGGCCCUUUAACAUCGUCUGAGGAGGUUUACAGUAGGUACGCCCCGCUGUUUUCCGUAUUUCAAUGCAAUACUGCUUUUCCAAUUACUUCAGAAUUAGAUAUUAAGAGUUAAUAGCCGGCUGUGAUUUUUCAGCAUAGGGGUCGUGGUGGGACUUUCAACUGACAGAAAUUACAUUGACGUUGUUUCAUGUAGUGCAUUAUCUUUAGAACUCUUACUUUUGACUCGGCGCAAGUGAUGCAAAAACAUUAAAAAAAAAUCAAUUUCCUGUGGAAUCCAAGUGGAUAUAAAUAUUAUGCAGAGACAGUGUAUCGAAGGCAGAACGAACCACACAAAAGUCAGGAAGCAGUCUGUUUUAGCGAUUUGUUUCCCCUAACGUUUCUUUUCUUUUUUCAGGAAAACAAUAAAUUUCUCGAGCCUGAAAAAUGCGCGUGAGAUUUCGCUAUUCCUCCGUAAAUGUUGACGGGAUGAUAAUUGGAGGACUUGUGCUUUCUAUUCUCUCCUUUAUAGCCGUUGUGGCCCACUGUAUCUACCGAUCGUAAGAACCUACGUUGUUGUUUUUAUUACCUAUAUGUAAAAGUUAUUCCAGUGGCUUUAUCUGAUUACGUAGUAGUGCUUUUUCGAAAAAGACUGUUUUUAAAUCUUAUGGAUAACUGGCUACAAAAUAAUUUGUUCUCAAAGUUCGGAACUCUAAAGUGAAUGAUUUGUUUGGCCAAAAAUGUCCUUACAGCUGCCAUAUUAGCGUUUGCAUUUACUAACUGACUCUAAAUACCGUAAUGUUGUGUUAAAGUCAAUAGUCUAGGAUGUCUGCUCGGAAGUAUAUUUCGCAAAGCCAUGAAAACUGAUAUCAUUUUAUGCUUGAACACUUUCAACGCAGCGGAUAGAACCUGACAAUUUUUUUCGCACUGCCUAAUGCAGUAAAUAGUGGAUGAUUCGUUUUUACAAAAUCUCGGUCUUUUCUGUACCUCUUGGGUGUUACAUGGGAGUUUCAAGGUGAGCUUACGCAAACUUGAUAUUUUUCAGGUACGGACGAUAUCACUUUCUGAAGCACAUUGACGAAUACGCCGCCCAUAUAGCCGAAGGCAACGCGAAUCCUCCACCCUACCCCGUACCCAACGAAACGCCAAACAGUGAGCAAGGGCCUGAGCCGACAAAGUCCCAACAGUAA